UCUGUUAUUUUUCCAGUGACUAUGGACGGGCAGUUGGGUCAGACUCUCCUUCUGCUGCUGCUUCUCUGCCGUUCGGGCCACAGCGACUGGCAGAGCGUCUGUCCGUACAAAUGUCAGUGCUUCACCUCACUUCAAGUCCUGUGUGCUGAUGAAAGGAUGUCGAGUUUCCCCAGAAUCAUCUCCAGGCAGGUCCGGGAGGUGGUGAUAAUGACGUCCUCACUGGCCUACCUUUUCCCCACCUCCCUGAUGGAGAGCCCACAGCUCACCAAGCUGGUUUUCCUAAACAACGCUCUGAGAAGCAUCCACUCCGACACGUUUGAGCACCUGACCGAGCUGCGGGAGCUGGAGCUCAGCGGGAAUCCUCCACUGGAUCAUCUCUACCUGGGAACCUUUUCCAAGCAGGAGAAUUUAACCAAGCUGCUGCUCAACUAUAACAGCUUGAAAACGGUUCUUCCUGGGAUGUUUGAUUCCCUGAAACAGCUGGAGGUUCUGCAGAUGAAGGGGAACCUCCUAUCGGGCCUCCCUCCUCUUCUCUUCCAGAACCUGGGCUCGCUGCAUUUCCUGGAUCUCUCCCAAAACCGACUCCAGAAUUUAACAGAAGGGACGUUUUCUGGUCUGGCUGGUUUGAAGAUCCUUAGGUUGAACAACAACCUCAUUAGUAACCUUACAUGUGAAACGCUGCGCAGCGUUCCUCAGCUCACAGAGCUUCACUUAGAGUGGAACAGGAUAUCCCACCUGGAUGACAACGUCUUCUCUGCUUUGACAAACCUGAGCGUGCUGAAUCUCCGUGGAAACCUCCUGAAUUCGUUCAACGAUGCGGCGUUUGGAUCUGAGCUGACGACUCUGAGGGAACUGAAUCUGAAAGGCAACAGACUGACUGAGCUGUCCUCUCUGAGCCGUCUGAGCUCACUGACAGACCUCAUGCUAGCAGCCAACCGGCUCUCCAGCCUCAAAGAAAACUCUUUCAGAAACCUAACGGCCCUGGAGACCCUGGACCUGUCUGACAAUCAGCUGGCCUCUCUGCCUGAAGGGAUCUUCAACGCUCUGUGGAGCAUCAGUGUGAUAAACCUCCACAAUAAUCACCUGGAAAAGGUGGACGCCAAACUGAUUGAGGACCAGAUUAUGAUUGAGCGGCUCUACCUGUCUGACAACCGGUUGGAGACGCUCCCGCUGGGACUUUUGGACAAUUCUUUCUUGCAGCUCACAGUGAGGCUUCAUGGGAACCCCUGGAGAUGUGACUGCCAGCUGCGGUACCUUUACGACUGGCUGCUGACGAACAGCAGCGACAGGGAGAUCUUGGACAGGAUGUCCUGUCAGAGCCCGGGUUUUCUGAGGGGACGAACCGUGGCGUCAGUUGGCCGGGAUCAGCUGGUCUGUCACCCGGCUGGAAACCAAGCGCCUGAUCUGAAAUCCUGCUGGCUGCAAGAAGCUAACGACACCAUGAUCAUCAGGUGCAGAGUGGAGAAAUGCUCUGCGGCGACGGUAAGGUUGCAGCUGGAGGAGGAAAGCGGUGAGAUUAGGGAGCACAUCUUCAAUAAUACGAUGGAAAAGUCUCAGUGCAGCAAUGAGACCCUGAAGGCGAGAAGAAUCGAUUGACUGAGGACUUUGCUCAGAUGCUUCCCCCACAGCAGCGGUCAGUCAUGCAUCCAGUCUGCACUGUAAGCAAACCUCUGAGACACCAGCUGAUAACAGGAAGGCUGCUGGAUGACAAACUUUUUCAGUGCAAAGUUCAAAUUAUCAUUUUUAUUUAAGAUCCUGUAACGCCAAAAAAGAAAAAGUAAAAAUAAAAUGUGUUGAUGAU